AUGGCCACUCCAUUCCACAUCUCCACGCUGAAGAACUGCUCUUCUUCGAUCGAAGGAGACUACACCUACCUUCGUCUCAACUUCUUCGUCCCUGGCUCGACCAUUUCGGCGACGAAGAGUAACACCGACGGGCCCUAUCCCGAAUCUGCCAUUGACGGAUCGUUUAUGAAAGAAGUGACAUUCCGGGCUCCAGGACAAACUGGCGCCGCGACCAACUUAAACAACGCCUUCCGAGGACUCAAGGAGCUUCAGAAGAAGUUCCGAGCCCGAGAAGCGGAAGCACGAGAGCGAGCUGGAAUCGUAACGCAAGACAAACUCAUCCUCAAUCAGAAUCGUGGAGCGCCCAAACUCAAGGAUCUCUACAUGCGUCCUUCGAUCUCGCAGAAGCGAAUGCAGGGAUUCCUGGAAGCACAUACAAAUGGCUUCCGGUACACUGCGCAGCGAGGAGACAAGGUUGAUAUUCUGUACAUGAAUAUCAAACACUCGAUCUUCCAGCCCUGCGACAAAGAAAUGAUCAUGGUCCUCCACUUUCAUCUCAAAAACGGAAUCAUGAUCGGCAAGAAGCGCCACGUCGACGUCCAGUUCUACAUCGAAGUCGGCGAAAUCACGACCGACAUCAACCGAACGAGCAACCUUCGUGACCGAGACGAUCUCUACGCCGAGCAGCAGGAGCGUGAGCAGCGCCAUCGUCUCAAGACUGCGUUCAAGAACUUUAUGGAAAAAGUGACGCACAUUACUCGCGACAUGGACUUCGACGUGCCCUUCCGCGAUCUUGGCUUCUCUGGCGUGCCCCAUCGUUCCACCUGUCUUCUCCAGCCAACCUCCUCCGCUCUUGUUAACGUAACAGAGUGGCCUUCCUUCAUCGUCUCGCUGGAAGACGUAGAUUUCGUCCACUUUGAGCGUGUCUCCUUCUCGCUCAAGAAUUUCGACAUGGUGGUCAUCUACAAAGACUACGCGCGCAAAGUGAGCUCCAUUACGUCGAUUCCGAUGACUUCGCUCGAUGCCAUCAAAGAGUGGCUGAACUCUUCGGACAUCCGCUACACAGAGGGAGUUCAAUCGUUGAACUGGGGCAAAGUUCUCAAGACGGUUCUCGACGAUCCUGAGGGUUUCUUCAACCAGGGCGGUUGGGACUUCCUGAAGGCGGACGACAGCGCCAGUGAGAGUGAGGACGACGACGAGGACGAGAACUUCAAGGUGGACACUCAGAGCGGCUCCGACGAGGAUGAUGACGAUGACGACAGUGACAGUGACUCGUACGACUCGGAGACAGAGUCCGACAGCGGUAGCGACGAGCAGAGCCUCGGCAGCUCGGAAGAGGAAGGAAUGGACUGGGACGAGCUGGAGAAAGAAGCAGAACGGGAGGACCGCGGCAAGCGAUACGACGAAGACGAAGACCGAGGCGGCAGCAAAAAGCGAAAAGGAGACAGCUACGGAAACAGUUCUAAAAAGCAACGACGACGUUGA